AAUUACUCCCCAGGCUCCCAGCUCGAACGCCGACCCCGUAGCGCUAGCGAUCUCGACCUCUCCCUUAACCUAAGAAACAAGCGGGGCGAAAACGCGAGGGAAAACGGGAAGCCGGAGACCCCGAAGAAGGACUCGAGGAUCCAGCUCGAGAGCCCGAAGCAGGAGCCCCUAGACGAGGAGGACAAGGUAAAAGUGUGCGGUAGGAAGGCAGAGGAGGGCCCAGAGAAGGAUUCAGGUAUGGAUAAGGAGAAGAAAUUGGGAGGACACGAGGGAAGUGGGGAGGAGACGAAGGAGUUCGCGAAGGACCUGGGGAAAAUCUCUCCGCUGGAGAAGGAAGACGUUGGCAGGGACCCGGAGCCGAGCCAGGACGAGCAGGACAGUGGACAGAGAGAGUCCAGCGUGGACGCGGAGGAGGACUACCCCUUCGCCAAGGAGGAUUACCCGACCAUGUUGAAGACCUGCAGCGACGACUCGGCCAGUGCCAGGAGCUCGUCGGGCAGGUCGGACAGUACCGCCCCAUUGGACACCAGUCUGGUGCUCAGGGUCCAGCCCAGUGGAAUAGUCGUGGCCAAGCACUCUCCUCUGUACGACUCCCGCAGGAUCGACCUGGGCUCGCCUUGUAGGUCCAUCCUCCCCGAGAUCAAGAUCGCCCCGCUGUUCGGUCGAGGAAGGGACUCCACGUCGUUCGACAACCCCGCCUACGGGCUGGCGGACUUUCAGGACCUGCAGGGCCUUCUGGUGCGCUCGGACGAGGUCUCGGACCUCACCAGGUUGAUCGACGAGCAGGGCCUGAUGGCCAGGAAGGCACGGGAGCAGAGCCAGAACGCUUCCUGGAGCAAGGACAACCGCGUCCGGGGGGAGUCUGCCAAGGCGCGGAAGAGCGUUUCCAAGAGGCAGGAUCCAAGGAUCCGACCCAAGAGAGACCUCGACUCAGAGGAACUCAUCGGGAUAGGCUCGACCGACAACCUGGUCGACGUCGACGCCACCGGGCUCACGUCGAAACCGCGCAGUCGGAAGAAGAAACAGGCCUCCAGUGGGUACUCCACCCUGAGGAGCGACGCCUCUACCGAUCUGGAACUCCUGGAGUCCUGCCGCUCCAGCAACAGGAUCUUCCGCGAGGUCGCCGUCGACUGCCCCCCGGACUUCGUGCCCGUCACCAAGUCGCACCCAGUGUACCCGCCUCCGAACAGAACCCCCGGUGGCAAGAGCAAUACCCUAGACAGUGCGGUUUGCAGGGGCAAAAACGUCCCCGAGAAACGCCUCGCCACCGGCAGUCUCUGCCCCAGGAACGAGAGGGCUGUGCCCCUCUCUUGUCUUAACGAUAGAAAGAUCUUAGAGACCAAGACCGACUCCGGGUCUGGCAUGUCACCUCGUGGUAGCGCUAGGCACUCCGUAAUACCCCGAAACUUAGAGCGAACCGCCGACAAGACCGGCCUCAACGGGGUCAAGCCUGCCAUCCCGCCCAGAGACCAGAAGAGGGCUCCGGCCAGACCCCCCAAGGACAAUUUGCGAUUGUCCACCCAGAACAACAACGUCGAGCAGACCGACAAUGCCAACGCCGAGAUCACGCAGCAGCAGCUGCACUCCAUCAGGAAGUACCAGGAGAAGCUGCGGAAGCGGAAGGACGAAGAGGAGAGGCAGGAGUACCUCAAUCAGUCCUUGCGAGGAUCUCGAAAAUUGCAGGCACUCGAAAGCCACGCGACGAGUCUUGCCGGCCAGGAAAAUCCUGCCUACUCCCAGGACGAGACGACGAACCUACCCAGAAGCCAGAUCACCCCCAGCAGGGUGGUCCAGGAAGUCGAGGAGCCUCCCAGAUCCCUCACUUAUGGAGAGGUCGUCGCAACGCUGGAGAGGCUGCAGCUGCAACUGCGGAACAUAUCCGGAGCCCUGGGAAUUUCAGGACCCGGGGUGGAGGCCGAAUUGGAGGCGGUUAGGACGCUUUUGGUGCAAAGGCGAUUCGCAACCGCUUUGGCGACACAUCAUGCGGUCAAGUCUCGGCUCAGGUCGGGGAAAGUCAUCAAGCAUCAUGCGGAAGACGCGUCGAGUCUCGCGAGAGAUUGCGUCGAGGUCCUGGAGCAAUGGCAGUCCUCCUCCGUUGGCAGCGGCACCGGAGCUGGGGGGGAAACGAUAGCAGCCGUCGAGGAGCUGACAGGGUUGCUGACGAGUGUCGAGAUGGAGGGCCUCCUCCUGGCACACGACUCCAUCGUCUCGUAUGUCGACGGUCUGCAAAGGAAGAGCUCCUCUUCGUCCUCGCCCAGCGGUCCGCCGAGUCCUUCGUCGAGCCUGAGGGGUUCCCACGUGGCUGACAAUAUCAAAGUCAUCAGGAUCGAGAAGACCAACGAGCCCCUUGGAGCUACCGUCAGGAACGAGGGAGAUGCCGUCAUCAUAGGUCGUGUUGUACGCGGCGGGGCUGCCGAUAAGUCAGGACUCCUCCACGAAGGAGACGAGGUCCUUGAAGUCAAUGGUGUCGAGAUGAGGGGGAAGAGCGUGAACGAGGUCUGCGACAUUCUGGCCGGCAUGCAGGGUAGCCUGACCUUUUUGGUCCUUCCAGCUCCUACGAGUCACAGGAAUAAUUAUUCAAAUAACAGACGGGAGGACACCACCCAGAUCCAUCACGUCCGCGCUCACUUCGACUACGACCCUGAAGAGGACCCCUACAUCCCGUGCAGAGAACUCGGCGUGAGUUUCCAGAAAGGGGACGUCCUUCACGUAAUCUCCCAGGAAGACCCGAAUUGGUGGCAGGCUUAUCGGGAAGGCGAAGAGGACCAGACCUUGGCGGGUCUGAUUCCCAGCAGAGCCUUCCAGCACCAGCGGGAGUCCAUGAAGCAGACGAUAGCCGGAGACAAGUCGACGGUCCGAGGGUCGAAGAAGUCGAGCACGCUCCUCUGCGCCAGGAAGAACCCGAAGAAGAAGAAGAAGAACAAGUUCGGCUUGAACUUCAACGACGAUGGGUACCCCCUGUACGCGACGACCGCGAUUGACGAUUACGACAGCGAGGAAGUGCUCACGUACGAAGAGGUGGCUCUGUAUUACCCGAGGGCAAACCACAAGAGGCCGAUCGUCCUCAUAGGUCCUCCCAACAUCGGCAGGCACGAGCUGAGGCAGCGAUUAAUGCAGGACAGCGAGCGAUUCGCCGCUGCGAUUCCUCAUACGAGUCGUCCCAGGAAGGACUCGGAGGUGGACGGCCAGGACUACCACUUCAUCUCGCGGUCGCAAUUCGAGUCCGACAUCCUGUGCCGGAAAUUCGUUGAGCACGGGGAAUACGAGAAGGCGUACUACGGGACUUCGGUAGAGGCGAUCAGGUCGGUCGUCAACUCCGGGAAGAUCUGCGUCCUGAACCUCCACCCUCAGAGCCUGAAGAUCCUGAGGAGCUCCGACUUGAAGCCGUACGUCGUGUUCGUCGCGCCGCCCAGCCUGGAGAAGCUGCGCCAGAAGCGACUGAAGAACAACGAGAGCUUCAAGGAGGAAGAGCUCAAGGACAUCAUCGAGAAGGCCCGCGAGAUGGAGGACAAGUACGGCCACCUCUUCGACAUGAUCAUCAUCAACAACGACACCGACCGGGCUUACAACCAGCUCCUGGCGGAGAUCAACUCCCUGGAGAGGGAACCCCAGUGGGUGCCGGCCUGCUGGGUCCAGUAGCCCCAAGGAAGACGCGCCAGGCGCGUUUCCAUCGUCGAGCCGAGCCGAGACUAGUCGAGCCGAUCCCUUUCCUCGGGAACGAGGAUCUCGACCUUAAAAAGGACCCCAGGAUCGCCGGCAGUCGUUCACCCUCGUUCAUCCGAAUUUCCGGGCAGCCGAACGGGGAACCCAGGACCUGGGAUUCAGGAAUUCACCCGGAAGAGGACCUUCUCCUCCGGUUCCAAAUAGUACUGGCUAGGACUUACUCGAGUCCUGACGAAGCGGAGGAUAUCUUCGGAAGAUCCCGCGAGCGUUCUCCACCGCGCCCCUUCAGGGUGUCCCUCAGGGUGGCUCGGUACCCCUCGACGUUCCCGCGGGGACUUCGCACGUUCUGUACAUGUCACACAAAAUGGGGUACCAAGGUGUCCUGGAGGUUUCGAGAUAUUCCGAAAUUAGUGCGACUACCCGAAGAGGGCCUGGAAAACUCUCACGUUCGGGCCGGACGAUCGUCCUGGCUCUUGGGUGGCGUAUAAGGCUCCUCGUAUCAGAUUUUCCUACACCUCACGGCAGAAUGAGUCUCCUCUCGUUUCAAAGUCACGUCGAGGUGAGACGCGCCGCGUGUCUUUAAUUCAAGGCCGUGCACCACUUCCCGAGCCCCGCCAUCUCGGGUAAAACGUCUAUGGAGAACCGCGGGAUGGCGGGAUAACUCUUCCCGACGAGCCCACCACGAAGUCGAGCGUCGGCGGAAAUUCCGCGCGGAACACCCGUUACCGAAGCUUUACCGUUUGCCUUAGGCUACCCUAUGUGUCCGUUUAGAGAGCAGUAUAACGAACGGAAAGUCGUCUUUCCGCGGAGUAGACAUCGUCGUCGCAGUAGAAUCGAAGCUCGUCAAGGUCGAUACAGAACCCGAGUCCUCCGACCAAUGAGGUCCUUGAUCGUUCUCCGAAGAACUUCAUCACUACCAUUUCGAUUUAUUUUUCAAGUACCGAAAAAGGCUUGUUACCGUACAUUUUGUACCUCAAUUCCUGACCUUUCCAAUUUCUUAUUUCAACCAAAAAAAACAUUUACCAUUUACCCGAAGAAAGUUAGAACUAAAUAACCUUGCCGUUGAAUCAGCUCUCUCACCAGCUCAAGUUUCUCAGGUAAAUACUUCGAGGAAUCUCAUUUUCGGCAAUCUCGUCCCUGAAUUUCUGAGCGCGGGAAGUAUUUGCCGUGUGAUUCUAAGAGGUUGCAUUUAAAUACCUUGCAUUACCUUUUUUACCUUCCGAAACCGGAGGACUCGGUUUUCCGCUACGCGGCGAGUUCCGCGGUACGUAAAAGUGAGGCCUUUCCGAAUAAAAAAAAAAGAAAGAAAGAAGGAGAAAACCUUUCGAUAAACCCUCGCGAGACUGGUAGGAGAAAAGAAAAGCAACCGGAUGAGCUAUUUCCCCGGCACCGGCGAUUUCGAGAGUUGGACGAUCAAGCGAUGGGAAAACGUGCCUCGUAAAUGGGGAAUCGAAGGGAAGCGCAAGGGGAGAACUCCGGACACGUGGGCGAGGAUCCAAAAUGGUUUUCCAUUUUUUGGGGCCGACUUUUGUUGGUAUUAAGCGCCGGUUUCCGUUCGCCACUGGCUGCUGACGAAUGACGAAUAGAGCCCAGCGGUCACUUCGUCGAUCCAGCCGAGAGACUUCGACUUCGGCGUCGCCGAAUUUCGAGGAGGCUCGACCCCGAAGAGGGGCUGGAAGCGAGAAUCUUAGGAUGUGCCAAAAAGUACGAAGUAAACGCGAAUAAGCCUCGGGCUCGAUAUAUUCCCCGGACGGGGGCGUAGGAUUGGUCGUUAACUAAUCGUGUAAAUACUUGUGCAAUUGUAUAGAAACGAGUGACAAGAAGUUGUAUCGUUGUAUCUCGCCGUGGUGCUCUGUCGAGCGUGCGCGACCUACCGCAAGUGUGCGCACAUACGCCUCCGGAAAUUGCUCCAGGCCGCAGGGCUUGCAAAUUCAGGGGCUUGAAUUUCAUUAGACUCGACUUUGAAGUCCACUCCACGUGCCAAACGACUGUUCAAGUCCCUGGAACGUUCUCGUCGAAGAUUUUACAUUAUGAAAAGCGUUCCGCCGUCGUCUAACGUUAACCAUCGACGGCCUCCUUGAUUUCAUAUUUUUUCAGAUUUUCUUUAGAUCUUGCAGAUUUUUCCUUGAUUUUUUUAACGACCGUAGCUUCCUUCCUUUCGACCUGUAUAAAAGGCUAAAUCAUUUUAAUGGAAAAUCAGGACUGACUCGCCGACCCUGAAGAGGCCCCUGAAAACCGGCAACCUGGCGCGCCUCGGUGUACGCGGGCAGACAUGCAAUAGGCGUCCAAGUCGUAGCGCAUAUAUGUAUAUUAAUUAUUAACCUCCUAUAUUGCUAGUAGUGCGAUAGAGUUUCCAAGAGUGCUCGGCAUUUUCUUAAACAUUGACGUACACUCGCAGCCCUUCCAGUUCGCAUAUAAAUUCCUCAUGUACUUGCCGACAUUUUCCGAGUUCUCCAUUAAUGGAUAAACUUAAUUUUAAAUCAUUCAACUCGCCCUAAGAAACGAACUUAACUUUGAACGCUCUAUUUGAACUUAUACGUAAUUACGUAUUAAUUACGGCUAAAUCAUUCGGCUCGCCCAGCAGAUUAGCUCAAAUUUAAACAUUUCCUCUUCUAUUUUUUUUUGUAUAAACCAAAGUAUACGUACUUAGGUAAUUAAGGUUACGUACUUGCGUAAUUAAAAUGACACGAACAUCCAGAGGGCCGACUAGCAAUAUAGGAGCACCGCAUAUAUGAAUCGAAGCGACUCGAGAGGAUCCCCUCCCCGAGGGGUCGCCUCUUCGGAAUUAAAUGGAAAAGAUGAGGAAGUAGACGAAAAAAGCGAGAGAGAGAGAGAGAGAGAGAGAGAGAGAGAGAGAAAAAAACAUAAACGAUAAAAGCCGAUUCCUGCCAAGAAGCGAGCGCCGAUGACGCUUCGUCGGAAAGCCGCCCCGUCGACGACGUCGAGGAAUUAUCUCUCGUCCUCGUGACGUCAUUUCUCCCCAGAAAUGAAUUCCUCAAGAUGGCCGAAACGUGGCGGCCUUCCUCGCUUUCCUUUUUCUAUGACUUACGAUUAGCCUCGAAAUCGCGGGAAGCCCCUCUCGGCAGAGCCACGUGGCUUACGGCUAGUUAUCACACACACACACGUACACCGUUACCAUUGAGGGGGUUCGAUAACGAGCUUUUACCGAUUGAGCUUACCGACAUUGCAGACUUUCGCUUUCCCUCGACCUCGGUAGAGAAAACUGUCCCAAGCCUUGAUGCGUAUCAACAUUUCUGUCAUAACUCGAGCGGUAAAUAAUCCCUUACGAGCCCCCUUGAAGAGAGAUGAAAAAAGAAACGUGGCGAGUUUUGGAAAAAUGGUGGAUUUUCGUCGGGGGUUGAACCUCGACUUAAACAGUCGUUACGGAUCGUCGCUAACGCUAAAGUGUGUAAAUUAGGAUUAAAUAUCCGAAACUGGUAUCACUGCGUGUAAAGAUAAUCGUGCGUUCGCAGAGACGGUACAUACAUACAUAUGUAUAUGUGUAUAUACCUAGACACGUGGCCACGCACUAUAUAUAUACAUGUAUGUAUAUGUGUACACGUAAGAGAGUAUAAAUAUACCUAGAGGCGGGAGAUGUUGCGAAAGAGAGAAAGAGAGCGAGUAAUAUAAUUAGCAAUAAACGUCGGCGUAGGCAUAAAUAAAAUGGAGGUCAGAUUUAAAAGAAAAAGGGCCGAUCCGGAGGGGGGAGGCGCGCGCGAACAUUCUAAAAUUACGAUUCUUCCGAGACGUUAACUAUACAUAAAUAUAAAUAUAUUGUACUAAUUAAUAUAUAAAUAUAAAUAUAUAUAUAUACAUAUAUAUAUGUAUAUUGCGUUGGUUCAUGGCGGGUAUGAAAAAAAAAAAAUGGAGGAAGGUGGGAUCGAACCUGCCACCUCCAAGACGACUCGGAGAGCACUCGCGCGGUCACCGGGGGUAAUUCGUUUGUUGAUUAUUUUGUUAUCAGUCGUAAUGGGGCUCGUCGGGGCCCUUCGACCCCUACGGCCCUUUUGUGGCGAUUCGGGAAACGAAUGAGAAUUGUAUUCGCCCGAUUGGCAGCUAAUGUACCGAGCGAUUGUACUUAUGAACGUCGGUCCCCAGGGGCUGCGUCCUGGAUCGCGCACAGAAAUUGUGGGAAGAGUCGAAGAACGCCUUCUACGCGUGGCAUGUUCCUCUGUGGGUGUCGCCGAAUGUCUGGAUAUUAAAUUUGGAGGAAUAUUAUCGAGGCGACCUCGGGGGGUCUCCAGAAUUUUUGGAUCUUUAUUCCAGAACGGAAUUUAAAAUCGAUUAACCAGGACGCGGCUGCCGUUUCGAGCUCGCCAACCUGCCGACGUUUCACCGCAACUCCUCCACAUUCUGUUAUAUAUUAUUCCGUUGAAUAAAGGUUACUACAACAUU